GUACCGGCGCUAAGCCUCACCGAGUUACUUAGGGUUGCACUAAUGGAAGUAACUGCUAUUACUUUAAAGAGCUUAGGUUUAAUAAGAGCUAAAAUGAUUCGUCGAAAAGUUCAAAAUUGAAAGCUGAUACGAGGUGAAUGUUCGUUCAGCUUUGGUAAUUGGUAGAAACAUAUAUCUCAUAAUCACGACGAUAAUAAUACUGAUAAUAGUGAUUGGACUCUAGUAGUCAAAUAGAUGGACGUCGCGCCCCCUGUCGAUCGAUGCUGAUAGGCGAAUUUAUAGGACACGGGCCUCUAGGGUCACCUAAUAAUGCCCGGAUAGACUAACCCCUCCAUGACAAACAAAUGCCUGGAAACUGUUGCUUUCCAAUAGGUUUCCAUGCAUAUCGAAAUUGGAUGUGUAUUUUGCCUACCUCCGUAGGUGAUCCAAUCUUGAAUUGCUGCAAUUUGUAGCAAGUGGUGAAUGAUAUCUCGCCAUCGUUGUUAAGAAUAAAAUACCUAUCCACAACACCAACAACCUCACUCGGCCUCUCACUUUACAUUGCUGCGCCCCUUUAAAGCCUUUUCAAGCUUGGAAAUCUACCAAUCUCACUACUUGUGCGUUGUAUCAUGUGGCGUUUAGGCGGUAGUGAAUUCUCGGUUUAACGUACCAUCAUUUGAUAUCUUGACAAUUAGAAUCAAAUCUUUACAAACAACAAACAAACAGUCAAUCUUCAAUAACUUAACUACUCACGCCAUCAUGAAUGUUUUCCAGACCAAGCCAAUCUUUACGGCUGUCUCGGCCGUAGUGGUAACUUUGCUGGGCUAUUUCUUCACACGACUCUAUGCAGCGCGGAUGCUCAUGGUAAAGCUUCAGAAGCAAGGCUGUCCCGUAGCACCUGGACAUUCCUUACUAUUUGGACACCUUCUCUUGCUUGGGAAGAUGUCCAGGCGCCUUCCAAAAGAUGCUCACUACCAAUAUAUGUUCGGCGAGAUCUACCGCGACCAUUUUGAGUCUACAGGCGUAUAUUAUAUGGAUCUCUGGCCCAUGACUGGACUCUUCAUGUGCAUCCACUCUCCCACGACUGCCAUCUCUGUAACGCAGACGAACACUCUAAUUGCCGCGCGCAAAGUUGACCUUUUGCCACGCUUUUUCAAGCCAAUUGCAGGAGGCCCCUGUCUUUUCGAUAUGCCCGAAGAAUCGUGGAGACCGUGGCGUGCUGUAUUUAACAAGGCGUUCAACAAUGAACAUUUCCAGAAGCUGGUCCCGGGAAUGGUUAAGCAGAUUGAAGUUUAUAAGGAUAUUUUAAGAGAGCACGCCGAAAAGGGCGAUAUGUUCUAUCUGGAUACCACGACUCUGCGCUUCACUAUGGAUUUGAUUGGCAAGACAAUCAUGAACACCGAGUUUCAUGCUCAACGCGGCUACAAUGUUCUUGCAGACUCUAUGAUCAGCCAAAUUCGCUGGCAUGAGCCUGCUGCCGCUAUCGACCCAUUCAGCCGCAUAAAUGUAGCACGAUGGUAUAUGGAAUGGUCUAACGGAAGAAAGAUGGAUGCAUAUAUUAGUGCAGAGCUAGAUAGAAGAUAUGCGGAAUACAAAGCCGACUCCAAGGAUUCACGUAGCAAAGCUAUUAUCGAUCUCAUCUUGCAAGCAGAAAUUGCUCCCGACACCGAUGUUAAGCCUGAGAAAUUAGAUGCUGAUUUCAAAGCAUUCGCGAUCAGGCAGAUACGCUUGUUUGUUUUCUCGGGCCACGACUCACUCAGUAGUACAAUCUGCUAUAUCUACCAUUUACUCUCGAAAAAUAUGGAGGCGAUGCAAAAAGUCAAAGAAGAACUUGAUCUUGUCUUUGGAAAACAGAUCGAUGGAGCAAGCGAGCUUUUGAAAAACAAACCACAUCUCGCAAAUGAUUUGCCUUACAUAACAGCUGUCAUCAAGGAAACGCUUCGGCUUUUUCCUGCCGCGUCAAGUUCCCGACAAGGAUAUCCAGGUGUGACUCUUUAUGAUGAUCAGGGCACUGCAUGUCCUACUAAUGGCGCAGUCUGCUUCAUUGACCAUGUAGGCAUGCACCGCGCACCGAAGUACUGGGUUAGACCUGAAGAGUUUCUUCCAGAACGAUGGCUGGUAGACCCAGGUCAUGAGCUAUACCCUGUGAAAGGUGCAUGGAGACCGUUUGAAUACGGCCCAAGAAACUGCAUUGCCCAGGGACUAGUCAUGACGGAGUUGAGAGUUUUGUUGGCCUGCACUGUACGAGAAUUUGUGUUUGAAGAUGCAUAUGAAGAAUGGGAUAGGUCUCAUAAGAAGAAAGGCCCGCAAACUUUUAGAGGAGAGAGAGCAUAUCAGAUUGAAGAAGCUGCAGCACACCCUAGUGCCCAUUAUCCUUGUCGAGUGAGGAUGAUGAAUGUUUGACUUUAAAAUUUGGUCGAAUGAGGGGGUGAAGUGAGGUAUUAAUGGAUUCAGUGAUUUGGUAAGGACGACAAUUAGCAAUAAAGUAAAUAAGUUGAGUUGACUACAAAAACGGUCAUAAACAAUUUCCAUAUGCCUAACAAUCUCAAUGAAAUGCUUGAUUUCCUUAUGGUAUUGGUCAUGAUCAAAAGCUGUACGCUUCCACUGGUGCUUGUAUAACCUUCAAAACGCAACACCACCGAGUUUAUGGUAAAUCAUAGCUCUUCAAAUAUUAGGAUAAACGAAUGGUGUGCAGGUGCUGCCUUCUCAAAGAAUCAUGAUGUAUAAAAUA